GUGUUCCAUACCCUCCAUAACCUUUCUCUCCUUCGAUUAACGUUUAUUUCAUUAUAACCACGAAAAAUACAGAAAAGGGAAUAUCGAUGUUACCAUCUCCAUCAGCUGCACCUUCCGCGUCACCUUUCACAUCUCCCUUCCUUACUAGUGCUCGUGUAUACAUACACCUCUCUCGUUGCUUCGGGUACAGAAGGUGCGGACGGGGAGCGGCUACCGCCGGUGCCGUACGAAAGAACUGUAAACUCUUCAAUUCUAACCCAAACGCUCUCCGACACGCGGAGUGAGAGCUAGUAUUCGUUAAAUAAGACCCCCGCGGCCCGCGGAAAGUCGUAUAUUAAAGAUGGAAGCGAUGGAUACGACUGCGAGUUCGCAUCCGAGAAGAAUGCACAAUAGUUACGAGGAUGAAGAGGAGCGAAAGCACUUUCAGAGAAUCGUCUCCGCAUUCAGAUAUUACAAGACACACUCCUUGCUAAGAGUAAGAAAAACAGAGUCUUAUUUUCUUAGUCUACCACAACAUCAUCAGAAGCUUUUGUCAAAGUACAAGGAACAUUUACAAGAGGUUAAACGAUGUAUCGAGAACAAUGACCAGAUCAUAAAACUCAUAAUAAAAGAUGUAGCCCAUAUAUUUGAAAACGUAUGUCCAACUACUGCUCAAGUUGACAAUACGUUAAACCUAAGGCCUGUAAUGUCGGAUCAAGAGAAAGUGCAAGCUACCAUUAAGCAAUUGGUACGGGACUGGAGUGUGGAAGGUGCUGAGGAACGAAAAGCGUGUUAUCAGCUAAUUGUAGACGAAAUAUUAUAUCAAUUUCCAUUGGAGAAUUGUAAACCAUCGGACGUGCAUAUUUUAGUACCUGGUGCAGGAUUAGGCCGUCUUGCUUUUGAAAUUGCGAAGCGUGGAUAUACCUGCCAAGGAAAUGAAUUUUCCCUAUUCAUGCUGUUUGCAUCGAACUUUGUAUUAAACAAAUGUAGAGAUAUAAAUUUGUAUCAAGUACAUCCAUGGGUGCAUCAAUAUAUGAAUAACUUGAAACCUGAGCACCAGACGCAAGCGGUUUCUUUCCCCGACGUAAGUCCGAGCGAUCUUCCAGGAAAUGCGCAAUUCUCUAUGACCGCGGGUGAUUUUUUAGAGGUUUAUACGGAGAGCAGUCAUUGGGAUUGCAUCGCGACAUGUUUCUUCAUAGACUGUGCCAAUAACGUUGUACAAUUUAUCGAGACAAUUUAUAAGAUCUUGAAACCAGGUGGCGUCUGGAUAAAUCUCGGACCGUUGCUUUAUCAUUUCAGCGAUUUACCGAACGAAGACUCAAUCGAGCCAAGUUACGACGCUAUCCGUGAUGUUAUUCUAGGCUUUGGCUUUCAAUUGGAGAAAGAAGAGACAAAAGUGAAAACGCGUUAUGCCCAGAAUAUUAAUAGUAUGUUACAGUGCGAAUAUAAUAGCGUGUACUUUGUUUGUCGAAAACCAAAUGGACAUGUGGACGGUGUAAAUCACAAUCAGAAUGGAGAUGAAACUAACAGUGCGCAAGAACAAGAGAAUUGAUUACAGCGCUUUUUCUUCUUGAAAAAGUGUAGAACGCUGAGAUGUUAUUGUUUAAGUGCAGCCGUGUUUCACAUGUGAGAACUAGUUCUAUGCGUUUGUGUUUAAGACUUAUAUUUUUUUUUUAUAUCUUUAUCUGUCUCAUUCUAUUCUAAUAUAAAGACUCAUUUCAUAUAAAAAAGUUUUCAAUGGCGCUAUGAGAUUGUUUUCGUAACGUCAAUAAUGCCUUGAAAAUAAUAGAACUAUUUUUUUAAAUUAAUCAGUGUACCAUAAUUGCAGACAAUAUCUAAUCUAAUUACAUUUCUUGUUUAUUGUAUCAUGAGUAAUUUGAUUGAAGUCAAAACAUAUGUUUUGACAAAGGUUUUAUAAAUAUUUACAAAUCAAUGAUUUUCAUUAUUGUACAAUUAUGCGAUGUUAUUGCGUGAUAAUAAGAUUAUGUGUAUAUAUAUAUAUAUACACGCGCGCGCGCACACACACACACACACACACACACACACACACACACACACACACACACAGGAUAUUCAAUGUAACGAUCCAUACGAUUUUUCAGAUACUUCCGACAGUUAAAAAAAAGUUGAAAGAUGAAUAUUUAUUUGUUUUAUACAGACUAUAACAUGCGAUGAAAAAUUUAAAAAACAUUUUUUCAUAAAAAAUCAAACUCGUCUUAAGAAGAUUCUAAAGCAAACCUCGAACUCCAACGAAAUCACCAGAGGUCGCGCCGCGCGCCGCACUGUGGGAAUAGGUGACUCAAUUGACGAGUCAAAUUCUCAAGACAAGCCCACUCUUGUCGUAUGACGUGAUGUAAAGUAUAAUGAUCGAUCACUUUUCUUGUAACUAAUAACGAUGAAUUUUAUUACUGGAAUAUGUAUGAAUACCGUACAGAAUGAGCGCCAUAAUCUCUCUGACUUCUUAUUUUUCUCUGACGCUGCUUGUAGGCAACUCGCAACCUACAAAAUCCUUAGGCUUUUUACACUCGCUGCGCUAGUGAGGUAUUGAGAACGUAGUUCCCUACAGCACACCGACAUGUCUUUAUACUACCACAGCAAUAUCUCACAACCUAUGAUAUACGCAGUCACACAACCUAUGAUACACAUGUCAAUUUUCGUAUAAGAAAUUCAUUGCGAUAAAGCGUCUAAGUCUAAUUCUAAGAACUCGACUCGUUUGUUCGUGUAAAAUAACUACUUGUUUGGGUAUCACUAUUUCGUACGUACAGGUUGCAAAGCUUUCAUAUCAAGCAAAUGUCACGACUUGACAGUUGAGACGCCAUGUUACACUAAGAAAUGAUAAAAAA